UUGUGUGUUUUGAUUUAUUACUUGAUAAGGAUCAAUAUUUAUUUAGAAACUUAUUAAAAAUGAAAGCAACAUUAAUUUUUGAUAAUGUGAACGACUUGUUAUAUUCAAAAUGGGACGAGGGUUUCAUAGAACGGAUGGAAUCGCUGAGCGAACAGCAUAGUGACUUAGACCUAACAGAUGGCUCCAAAGUGUCCCAACUGUUGUCUCCGAUCAUUACAUCACAGCGGGUUAUGGCUGCGCAGUUUGGGAACACAUACUCUUCCAUGCAAUGCAAAGACGACACAACAAUCGUAUUUGAUGAGUGGUUGGACCAUAUUUUCAUGAUUAUUAGUGAGCAGUCAGUGGAUGAUGCCCAAAGAGAAAUGCUGGACCUCAAGACCUUUGUACAACACAUCUGUGGCCAAAAUAUUAAUUUACUCCAGUCUCCGGUCUACCGCAACUGGCUCUCCGUGCUAAUUGACAGCCGCACCAAAGGGGACUCCAUACCGGGAGCAACUGGAAUCAUAGGGGAGUCCGGAGCUACGGGGGCAGCGUUGAAUGCGCUCAAGAGUGCCUCCCAGCAAAUAAAGGGCCAGUACCAUCUGAUGCUUUUUGUGGGGGACAAACAGCUCGCGUUGUAUUCGAGCCGUGGUACUGAAGAGUUAACACCGCCGGACCUGAUCCUCAUGAGCAUGCAAUGCAUCGCCGCGCAGGAGUACUGGGAAGAGUCCGGGAGUCAACAUGAUGACGAAACGAUCCGGCUACCUUGGCUCUCGGAGCAGAACAGCGCAGUGGUGCAGCUGUGCGCGGGCGCGGCGCACGCGCCGUGCGCGCCGCACUCGCUGCACGUGGCGCGCGUGGCGCCGCGCCUCGUGCUGCUCGUGCUGCGGGACUUGCAGAUGAGGGAGGUGGGGAUAGCGGUAAACAUGGCGUCCCAAAUCCUGUCCAACUUGCGUAGACUGCUGUUACAGAGGAAUUUAGAGAUGUUGCCCAGCUCACUCGAUGCCUUGGAAGCGGCUUUAAAAAAGACAACCGACGCCCUUCGCAAAAACAAAUCGAACGCAAAUCUCUGCGCACGUCUAUCGAGCCGGAUGCUGGAACUGCGCAAAUCUUGCACGACCACCACUCCGCUCACACCCGAGACCACAGCCACGGCGAUGCACACCGCACUAGAAACUGUUAUAGAGCUGCUAAAACCGGAUAUACCCAGCUUGAGUCUGGCGGCUCCGCUCAAGGAGGUGAAGACCGCGAUGGCGCCGUACGUAGACUUCCUCAAGAUCAAGGCUCAGCGAUAUUUCAGCAUGGGAUCGUGCGGUAGUGACGCGAGUUCCCUAACGCUGCACAAGUAUGUGGAGGAGUUCCCCGGGCUCAUACACUUCGUGUACGUGGACCGCACCGCGGGCCGGUUCCUCGCGCCCGACAUGGCGGACUGCGCGGACAUGCUGUCGCCGCACACCGUGCACGGCAUAGUGUCCCGCUGGUCCGCGCUGGCGCGCUCGGGCUACAGCGCGGCGACGUGGCGGCGCGGCGCGCUGCACGCGUGCGCGGUGCUGUGGUGGGAGCGCCGCGCCGCGCCCGCGCGGCCCAAGCGCGCGCCGCACCCCGCCGCCGUGCGCGCGCUGCCGCCGCCGGGGGACAUCCUCAACACCUUCUACAGGCAACUUGCGGAGCUCGCUUUCCCGAACGACUCCCAAGGAGUGACCAUCAAGGAACUGAUAUGCGUGCACCUAGGGCUGCUGCCCGCGACCACGGCCGUGCAGCAGGCGCGCCGGCUUGCGCACACCGUGCACGAACUGUUUACUGACAACCCUGCGACUGCUACAGACUUACUUUAAAGAAGCCCGGUAAAAACUAAACGUAGGGGACGCUCUCGACGA